AUGGAAGUAUCAAAUGAGAUAAAAGAAGAUAUUCGUAAAACACAAACAGAUUUAAAAAAUGCGAUACGAAUCCAUCAGGUUUGGGUUGCACGCCUGCAAGAUGAUGAAAAUAACGUACAUUUGAAGACGAAAGUUAUGGAAGCUGAAAAGGAAAUAAUUGAAAUUAGUCAAGCUCAAAAAUUGGUUGUGGAGAGAUUACGAAGAGAGCUUGAGUUAUACCAGCAACGUUUGAAGCAACGCAACAAACAUGUCAAUAUUGAAAAUGACAACAAAUAUGUUGCAACUCAAUUGAGGGACCACCAGAUACAAUAUCGUAGUAGAAAUAGAACAGUUUCAUUGUUGAAACCAUCUGUUUUAAAUGAGUUACAUAUUAAAAGUGAAAACAACAAUGAUGAGGCAAAAGAAAACAUAUCAGAUUCAGAAAAUGAACUCAAGUCUUUCCAUGAAAAGGAAAACUCAAAUGAUGGCAAAGAUAAAUAUGCCAGAAAUUUUUCGCAAUUUUCCAACACAGUUCAUGACAGCAGAAGCAAUUUUGUGAAUGCUCUCAAAAAAGUAAAAGAAUCUUUAAGUGGGAGUCAGCUGACACAUGCGCAUCAACUCAAUAAUGACUGGCAGGAACAGAAGUCUGACUCUGACUCAUCCUGUCGUGCAGACCUAUCUCCUACUCCUUCACCCCCACCAUUACCUGAACCUGGGCAGCUAGUAACAAAAGAGUUAUUUUUAAGACUCAUUGGCUUAGUGACUCCAUCUCAAAGGGAAUUACUAGAGAAAAAGAGGAACGAACGUCGGAAGAGGUCUACAACAACUACAAACAGAAAUGACUUUUUAUAUGGCAGUUAUGAAAUGUUAUCUAAAAGGAAAAAGUACAAUCAGUUUUCAUACCUACAGACACACAGCGAUCCCCCCCAGACAAGGUCUCAAAAAUUACGUAAGCAACAAUGUGAACAGGUUCAAAAGCAGCCUCAAAGUCAGAAUAAAACGUCCCGUGAAUGCUCGCCGUCAGGAUCCUCGACUGAAAAUAAAGGUUGGACAAAUGGUAAGCCUGCGUGGGCUGCAGCUCUUCCCGCCAGUUUAUCCGUGGAACCGGUGUAUGCCAAUCACAAUCACAAAAAAGCUUGUCACGCGUGUGGACGAAAUGACGUGACGUCCCUGCUGGUGUGGUGCGUGUCGUGCCUGGUGUGGCAGCACACGGCGUGCGGCGCGGGCGCGCGCUGCCUGGCGUGCGGCGGCGCGCUGCCCGAGCCCGCGCCGGCGCCCACGCUGCACGAGCCCGACUCCGACCCCGACAUCACCCCCAGCGCGCGCCUCUUCAGAGAUAAGUUAGCUGAGCAAAAAAGUUUACAGGAGAAAAACAUUAAGUUAUGUAUUGAGCUACGCAAACUGGAAGCGAGAGCGGCGAACCUUAAAGAAAAUUUAGAUGAACACAAUGCGGAGAAACGACAGCUCCUGGCCGAUCAGAUCAAGACACAGCGAAACCUCCAGAAACUUCUAGACUUUAUCAGCCAUUUUAAAGAGACAUCAAUCAGCAUUCGUUCAACAUCUGUUAGUGAGUCUGGGAGUGAAAUUAGCAAAAGUUAUGAGGAAUGA